AUGGCUCUUGGUUAUUCUAGCUACGCUUGCAUCUUUUUCAUGACUUUAUUCAUGUUCAUGGCUAGUCAUCCUCGAGCAGAUGCUGCUGAAACUUCCACAGCCUUACUUAUAAGCGUUGACCAAUCAGGUAAGGGAGACUACCGGAAGAUACAAGACGCCAUUAACGCCGUGCCAUCAAACAACACAGAACUUAUAUUCAUAUUGGUUAAGCCCGGCAUCUACAAAGAAAAGGUUGUUGUGCCAGCCGACAAGCCCUUCAUUACAAUAAGUGGUUCAAAGGCAAAUGCAACGAUAAUAACUUGGAAUGAUAGUGGGGAUAUAUUUGAAUCUCCUACCUUCACUGUGCUGGCUUCAGAUUUUGUUGGCCGAUACCUUACAAUUCAGAAUACAUUCGGAACUGGUGCUGGUGCUAAAGCAGUUGCGUUAAGGGUAUCUGGAGAUAGGGCAGCUUUCUUUGGGUGCAGUAUUUUAUCUUAUCAGGAUACGUUGCUAGAUGACACUGGAAGACACUAUUACAGCCAUUGUUACAUUGAAGGAGCCGUUGACUUCAUUUGUGGGAACGCGGCGUCCCUUUUUGAGAGGUGCCAUUUGCAUUCACUCUCAGUAGGAGAUGCGGCUAUCACAGCCCAACGUAGGGAGUCUCCUUCAGAGCAGACAGGGUUUACCUUCUUGGGUUGCAAGGUCACCGGCGUCAGGACUGCUGUACUUGGAAGGCCAUGGGGUCCAUAUUCCAGGGUCGUCUUUGCCCUAACCUAUAUGUCUAAUGUGAUACUGCCCCAGGGAUGGGAUGACUGGGGAGACUUUGCCAAGCAAAGCACGGUGUUCUACGGAGAAUACAAAUGUUACGGACCUGGAGCCAAUACAAAGAAAAGGGUUGAAUGGUCACAAAAGCUGACGAGCCAAGAGGCCGAGCUUUUCUUGACAAAGAACAUGAUCGGUGGCAAGAGUUGGAUCAGGUCUACCCCAACCCGUUUCAAGAAAGCUUCAUCUGCCAUUUCUAACAAUUCCACUCAACAUGCCUGAUGAAGAACAAUGGGAAUAUGUUGUUCUCCUACUUUCCUGAAC